GUUAACGGAGAGUUCAAGGAGCUGAGCCUGGAUGAUUUCAAGGGGAAAUACCUGGUCCUCUUCUUCUACCCCCUGGACUUCACCUUUGUCUGCCCCACAGAAAUUGUGGCUUUCAGCAACAAAGCAAAUGAAUUCCGUGAUGUGAACUGUGAAGUGGUGGCAGUUUCUGUGGAUUCUCAUUUUUGUCAUCUGGCCUGGAUAAAUACACCACGAAAGAGCGGAGGUUUGGGCAAAAUGAACAUUCCAGUUCUGUCGGACCUCACCAAACAAAUCUCCCGUGAUUACGGUGUGCUGCUAGAAGGACCUGGCAUAGCACUGAGAGGUCUCUUCAUCAUCGAUCCAAAUGGGGUCAUCAAGCAUCUGAGUAUCAAUGAUCUCCCCGUCGGUCGUAGUGUGGAAGAGACCCUCCGCUUGGUGAAGGCAUUCCAGUACGUGGAGACGCAUGGAGAGGUUUGCCCGGCAAACUGGACUCCAGACUCCCCUACGAUCAAACCAAACCCAGAAGGCUCUAAAGAAUAUUUCGAAAAAGUGCAUACAUAAACGCUCAAAUAUGUGGACAACUCUUGGUUACCGUAAACUGAAGACAUUAGGAAAGCAGCUGUGAUUAUUAAAAAAAAA